GCCCCCGGCCCGGGACGCACAGCGCUCGGGCGGGAUUCGAACCCGCGUGGGCCCGGGAGAAACCGAGAAAGCCGGGCCCCAGGCUGCGGGGCGAGCCGCGCCUCCGGCGGCUGCAGAACCUGUUGGGCCGCUUUGCGGGCCAGGCUGGGGGAAGGGGCCGCCCCAGGCGUCCCGGGAACAAAGGCUGAGUGUUUGCUCUGGGGCCGAGGACAAUGGCCCCGGAAUUCUACCGCCGGCGUGGGAGGGGCCCCUCGGCCAAACUCCCCCUGCCCCCCAUUCUGCUUCUUGCUCCCAGUCGGAGACGGAGGGGACUGAGGGAGGGCGAGGUCAGUCCUGAUGGACGGCAGAGGCCAGGCUCUCUUCCCCGGCCUCCGGAGCCCCCUUUUGCGGUGGGCGGGCGGAAGCAGGAGCAGUCAGUCCCCUGGGCUCCGAAUCCUGAGCACAUGGCAUUCGUGUAAGUAUUUGUGUGGCAGCUACUGUACGUCCGGCACCAAGCGACAUACGGAUCAUUAAACCCUUCCCUCCGAACAGCCUGCGAAGGACCUGCGCUUAAAAUCCCCUUUGGGCAGAGGUCACGCCGGGAGGCAGAGCCGCGAUUCGGUUCUGUUGCUGCUGCCGGUGCCGGGGGCGGUUGGCCCAGGCAGACCCUGCUCCCCUGUUAGAAGAUUCAACACAUAAACAGUUCGGUUUUUAGAUGGUGACAGGGCACUGACGAAACCCUGGGGGUGCGUGGAGGUUGUUGGCCCUGACUCCAGUGCCCAGGAAAGACUAGCUUCGCUUCUGAUUUGGGGGCCGGGGACAGGAGUGGGGAGCUCCCUCUGCCUGGCGCCAGGUCCCCCGGAGCUUCUCUCCUCCUCCCUCAGGCCACCUUCUCUGAGUGGCCUGCUGACAACCCCUUUGAAAGCUACUGUUUCCAGCCCUCUCGGGGCCUGAGGCAGACCUGUUCUCACUGCGUCUCCAGACUCAGCGUCGGCCGUGCUCAUGCAGCCACUGGAGGGUCCUCUCUGGGUCCUCUCUGGGUCCCCUGGGGACCCUGAAUUUGGCCUUUUGGGAGGAGUUGGCCGUGGGGUCCUCCUCUGGAAUUCAGGCCCCAGAAAGAGCCACGCCCUUUGAUACUUGUCACCUGCCCUGCCCUGGGCAAAGGACACCCUCCUGCAGAGCAGAGAGCCCUCUCUGCACAAGCCCCAGGGCGACCUAGGCUUUUCACAGUCUGGUCCUGACUGUGGCUACCGAAGGUGGCUUUGGACUGAGCUCAGGGCCAGGGAUGUCUUGGGCACUGUGUAGCCGGCUUAGGGACAGACAUGUGAGUGUAGGUAUGUCAGCUCUGCCCCAGGGAGUGACCCUGAUCCCUGGCUGGCCCAAGGGUGAGGAGCAGGGCGGCCUCUUCUUUUAACAGAUGCUCCUUAAACACCUUGCUCGGGCUCUGGGACUCAGCCUUGAGCAGACAGUCCCCGCAGGUGCUCACGAGGGAGCAGGGGGAUUACAUCAGGCGUGGUGAUUGCAUAAUUACACCUGAGGGCCAGAGUGAUGAUGAGUGGGCCAGUCGGGAGGGUGGAUGGAGCUGAGACCAGAGAGAAGCGAGUCAGAGAUGUUUGGGGUAGACAGUGGGGCGUGUGCAAAGGUCCUGGGGUGGGUGCUUGUUGGGUUUGUUCGAGGAGCAGGGAGGAGGUGGGGUGGGGGUUGGACUACGUGCCUGGGGAGGCUUUGCUGUCCCUAUGACAGUGAUGGGGAACCCCGAGGGAGUAUUAAUGGGGUCAGCGGCGUCCCAUUUGCCAUGAGCAAGGCUCCUGGCUGUCUGGUGUGCAGAGAGGUGACGAAAUCAGAAGGGAGGCCGAGGCCUGGGUGCGAGUGCCAGUCCCGGGGGCUCGGCUGGUGCGGGGAGAGAACCACGUGGCUCCUGGCUUCUCCCGCCCCACCCCCAGCCUCUCUGCCUUUCGCCAUCCUCACGAUCGUGAACGCCCCGUACAAGCGAGGCUUCUACUGUGCCGAUGACUCCAUCCGGUACCCCUACCGGCCAGACACCAUCACCCACGGGCUCAUGGCCGGCGUCACCAUCACCACCACCAUCAUCCUCGUCUCGGCCGGGGAGGCCUAUCUGGUGUACACGGAUCGCCUCCAUUCCCGCUCCACCUUCAACAACUACGUGGCCGCGGUCUACAAGGUGCUGGGGACGUUCCUGUUUGGGGCCGCGGUGAGCCAGUCCCUGACGGACCUGGCCAAGUACAUGAUCGGCCGUCUGCGGCCCAACUUCCUGGCGGUGUGUGACCCUGAUUGGAGCCGCGUCAACUGCUCCGUCUACGUGCAGGUGGAGAGGCUGUGCAGGGGGAGCCCCGCCAACGUCACCGAGUCCAGACUGUCUUUCUACUCCGGACACUCCUCCUUCGGGAUGUACUGCAUGACAUUCUUGGCGCUCUACGUGCAGGCGCGACUCUGUUGGAAAUGGGCGCGGCUGCUGAGGCCCACGGUGCAGUUCUUCCUGGUGGCCUUCGCCCUCUACGUGGGCUACACCCGCGUGUCCGACCACAAGCACCACUGGAGCGACGUGCUCGUGGGCCUCCUGCAGGGGGCGCUGGUGGCCGGCCUCACUGUGCGGUUCGUCUCCGACUUCUUCAAAGCCCGGCCGCCGCAGCACUGCCUGGAGGAGGAGGAGCUGGAACGCAAGCCCAGCCUGUCUCUGACGCUGACGCUGGGCGAGGCUGAGCGCAGCCACUAUGGGUACCCAGGGCCCAGCUCCUGAGGCCGAGCCGCCCAGGCAGGGCCCGUCUGGGCAUCCAGCAGGGACUCAGGGUGUGGGUCCGGGUGUCCGUGGAGCUGGCAGGGCCCUCACGUGACAUGGCGAGGAGGGCUCUGGACAGGCUCCCCACCUGGGGCUGGUUCUCAGAGGGGUUUUCAUCAGCCCCACCUGCUGUGCACUGACCAGGGGUCUGGGGUUGCCCAGGGCAGCCCAAGUGGUUGGAGGGAGACCCUGCCGUCAUAGCUCCCUCUGUACCCCUUCUUUUGUUGGUUGUGGAAGGGUCCAAGAGAUCUGGAUAAAUGCUGUUUUUGUAAAAUAUGAUGCAUAUGUGGAUCUUUAGUACACUAGGGCCUUCACGUGAAGGGCGCCUGUGUUCGCGGUGGCGGUGGCGGUUCUGAGGCCCGUUCCCGGCAGAGGGGCCUCAGCCAAGGAGCUCAGGUGCCACAGCCUCUGGCGAGGUCACCGAGACGAGAAAGCAACAGCCUCGCCUUCAAUCAGCUGUGUCUUCCAAGGGCCCCAGUUCCUUUUCCUGGAGAAUGACAUUACAAACCGACAUCUGGGAGGUGACUGUGCUCGGCCGACGAUGCGAGACGUCUGCGUGCAUCCCGCCUCUGCCCACGCCCCAGUCACCGGGACUUCCGUGCGCGACAGUCCAGGUCCAUCCCAGGCGGACGACGAGCGUGUCCUCUUGUCUCAGCCCGAUCCCCUGUCACAUGGACACUGUGUCCUGCCCCUCGCUUCUCUGUAAUGUCCCACUCCGACGGCCAGUGAGGGAACUGGCAUCUGUGCUGGCUUUACCCUCAGGACGGCGUUUAAUUCGUUACCUCCAUUCCAGGUCUCUCUAGCACGGUUUCGGAAUCGUUAACUGCCACCCCCGAGGGGAAGGCUUGUAGCAGAGAGGUCACGUCUCUCUACAGUGCAUUUCGCCUUCCGUUCGUUCCCAGAGUUAUCCAGGUUGGCACCUUUGCCCCGCCACUAACAGUGAGUCCGCACAUUUCUAGUACAGUGACAUUCUGUGGCGCAUUCUGUAUCCCAUCCGUGCCCACACCCUAAAAACCCCUAACUUGAAUAGAGCAUGUUUUAUUCUUUGGACUGUAAAAGUCUGUGAGAUCCGUAUCUAGUGCUACAUUUACGGUUCUUUGAAAAGAAAAAAACAUUUAUACAGUGAUGUUUUAUUUAACAGCAAUAAUUUCAGUGGUCAAUAGCUUUGCAUACAAUUCGCGAACUUUCUGAGUAGGAAUUGUGUUUUUUUUCAAGGUUUCGGGGAGUCUCAGAGCGAGCCCAGAGGCCACACAAAGUGCAUCUUAAACAGCACAUGGGGGUGUUUUCUAGAAGGAGUAGAGUCAUCUUUUGAAGCUGUAUGAAUGUGGAGUGUUUUAAAGAAUCUAAGGGACUGUGACUGAAUUUCUCUCAGUCACCAUCCCAGCGAUUCCUACUGGCCGACCCACCUCACUAGUGCCCGUCCCCACCCUGCUGGUGCACGAGGCCCGGCAGGGCAGGAUGCAGAUGGAGCCUCCCCCUCUGCCGACCUCCUGACCCUUUAUGCACCUCGUGCAGAGUUUUCUCCCUCUGCACCUCUUGCUUCCCCAAUGGAUGUGACAGUGGAAAAGAUAUGGGCCCUCUCAGCCAGGCAGCUAUGGCAGAUGAGACAGGCCUUUGGUACAGGUUUGAGCAGAGUGCUGUGGAGUCAGAAAUAACAGGAACUUCCUGGUCAGGAAAUAUGAUUCUUUAUCCUCUGCUUCCACCUCGUGUACAUUUUGGGAAUCACAACCAAAUAUAGGUCAUCAAGUGUAGGUCAUCAUGAAUAUUCAUUCUCGGCUGCCAUCUGGUAGGCAAUUUGGGAAUAACAUGACAGUGCUGUUCAUAAAGUUAUUUCUGCCGCUUUUUUAUGUUCAUUUUGAAAAUAACACCCAGGGUAUGUCGUUAUGAAUAAAUUUUUUUUUGCUGCCAUCUCGUGGCUAUUUUGAAAAUAACACCCAAGUGUAUGUCAUUAAAAUUUAUUUCCUGCUGCCAUCUGGUGGGCAUUUUGGGAAUAACACCAGAGUGUAUGAAAUUUAAAAAGUUACUUUAUGCUGCCAUCUGGUGGACAUUUUUGGAAUAAAAUCUGAUGUUCGUCACAAAUA